GCGCCCCGUCCGCUCAAAGCGGCCGCGCUGCGUUACCGCGGCAACUGCUGGGGGACAGGAGGCCGCGCUUCCGCUCCUCACAUACGGAACAAAGGUGGCGGGAACAGAGCGCGUGACCCCAUUUCCCUGUGGGAUUUUCUGCCCCGAUGGCGAGAGAUGAGCGGGCAACACUGCUGGAGGUGCACCAGGCGCUCUCGGAAGAACAAUUCCAGAACCUGAAGUACCUUCUGGGAAGCAAAAUUCCUGCCGGGCUUGUGCUCCAGGCAUCGCGCCCUGAGUUGUGCCAGAUCCUCCUCCAGCGCUUCCCGGGGAAUUCCCUGCGUGAGAUCGCCAGGAUCCUGCAGCAGAUUGGCCGCCCCGACCUCAUCCAGCGCUUCCAGCUGCCCCUGGAAGAGCAAAUCCCAGAGGAAAACCCCAGGGAACCUAAUAGGGACACCUCCAACGGGACCGGGGAUCCCACUUCAGGACAGCAUCCUGGAGGGAUUCCAGCUCCAUCCGUGAAUCCCCGACGCUUGACAGAGAAGGAUUUGAUGAGAGUCGCCAAAAGAUUGGGAAAAGAGUGGCAGGAAGUGGGAAUUCUGCAUCUAGGGCUGGAGCAGAGCCGGCUGGACCAGAUCCAGGAGGAAUAUCCAAACAAUUUCACUAUGAGGAGUUUCGAGAUGCUGCGGGAUUGGCAGCGGCGUCAGCGAGAGGAAGCCACGGCAUCCCAGCUCCUAGCCUGCCUUGAGGAGGCCCACCUUGAUCCCGAAAUCCUCAACUUCCUCCGGAGCCUCCAGGGGAAUUGAGGGACCCCCAAACCCCCUUCCUGGGGGAGGGGAGUGUGAUAUCAAAUUCAUAUAAAAUUGAGACCAUUAAAUGCUCUUUUAUUCCAUGAGUGCUGAGUUUUAGGAUCAAGUGCCGCGAACAUCCAUCUUUACUCCUGAUUUAAAGAUCCCAGAACGAAGUCCAGGCUCUGCUCCACUUCCUCAGGGAUGGACACAGCAGGUUUUGCAGUACUUUCCCAAGAGUUUUUUGCCUGCUAACAGAUCCUCUUCCCUACAAAUUCCAGCCCCUGGAGCUUCAAGAAGCCAUGGCAAUGUCAGGAGAGUCACAAGGCCACUGCAUGCUGAUCCCAGAAUCCACAACCUCCUCUGGAGCUUCCAGGGGAAUUAUGGGACCCCCUACACCCCAAACCCUAUUUUGAGGGUGGGGUUAUAUCAAGUUAUUAUCAGAUCAAGACCAUUAAAUGGAGUUUUAUUCCA